AAUGAUUUGGACCACCAAUAUAUUAGUUAUAAAUUAAUCAUAUGUGCAGACUUUGAUAAAAUGAAAAAUUUUCUGCAAACACCAAUUCUGAACUAAAAAACUUUCUACCAGCAAUUAUUGACUCUUGUUAACUAGUUUCAACCUUUUUGUUGCCAUCUAAUGUUAAUGUUGAAAUUUGUUCAAAAGUCAAUGCUUUUUUUCAAAGUGUUGUGAUUUUUUAUAAAACUCAGAUUACUAUAUAUCGGCAUAAUUAAAAUUUUUUUUUUUUUUAAUGUAGCAGCUUUUUGGAGGUAUAGAACUAGUUAUUGACUUAAAAAUUUUCUGUUCUUGUAAUCAAAUUUUCUUAAACUGAUUGCGGAGUUAGAGUAUGGAAAUUUUGACUGUUUUUUAAUUUUUAUAAAGAGUAAAGUUAAAAAUCUUCCCGCAAUAGUGAAAAAUCGCACAUUUGUGUAUAUUAUGCAUUUCUGCAUGUAUUUGUUAAAAGAUGAUAAUCAGACGAUGGAAUGUAUACCCAUACAGCUACUAAUAUCACAGGUAUAUCCAAACAUAUCUGUCACGUAACCAAUGUUUAUAGAGGUUUAAAUACGUUGAAGUAUGUGGAUUUAGACUUCUCUGAGAUAUAAUUUAUGGAUAUUUGGAGGUAUCCAGAUAUAUCUUAAAUCCUAGAUAUGGAUAUUUUACAUAUUUCUUGAAUUUUUACUAUUGAUAUGUUUUCGAUAUUUGGAUGUUUUUAGAAUGUUUGAGAGAUGUUUCAAAUUAUACUUAAUAUCCGAGACAGAUCCAGUUUUUGGAUAGAGAUUAAAAUUUUUGUACAUUGAUUGGAUUUGCCCUAUUUAUAAGUGUAAAGAACAAUUGUUAUUUUCAAUUUAGAGUUUAAUCCAAUAAAUAAUAUUUUAACUGGUGACCUCAAUUAUUUUUUAUUAGCAUUUCAAUGUAAGUAAAUUUGAAAUCUUAUACUGGUUCACUUUUCGCUUAAAAUUUAUCAUUACUCAUAAUUGUGAUGAUGAAUUUCAGAUGCACCAUCUCCUUGAAUCUACUUGUUUCUCUCAUUUCAUUUGGAAUUUAAAAUGUAUUAAGAUAUUUACCUAAAAGUGCCAAUAUAUAUAUUUUUUUAAUGUCGCUUAAUAUUGUUGCUAUAUUGUUCAAAAUUUUGAUUUUAAAAGUGAUAUUAUUAUGUUUUUUUCUUUAAAAGUGAUAUUACUCUUUUUCUUUCCCAAUUUUAGCCAGUUUUUUUCUCGUUUUUAUUUACUUUUUGGUAAGGGGGUACAUAAAAUAUUUGAUAUAUGAGACACAAAUAUAAACUUUUUGUGAGACUGCAUUUGUUUUGUCUUUUACAUGACCAGUGCACACAACUUAGUUGCAGUAAAAUCUAUUUUUAAAAAAACAUUAAUAGAAUUCUUCUAUAACAAGAAGGGCAAUUACAAUUUCUUGUCAUGAUAAACAUACUUUGUAUGGCAAUGGAGAAGUGUCACUAUUUUGUGAUAACAUAGUGUAAAGAAAUAAAUUUGAAGUAGUCUAAAGGAUAAAGUCUCUUUCUUGCUAAUCAGCGGUUACAUCUAACAAACAGCUAAUGUCGGACAAUUACUGCAACUUAAGGAGAGGAGAGUUAAAAAUCUAUCAUGGAUUUGUGAAGUAGAAGAAAAAAUUUAUCAUAACUUAGAUUGAUGCUGGAGAAUGGAGUGCCAAUAUGUUGCUACUCAAAGAGGUGGAAUUGCUCUAUUAUAUGAAGGACAUCGUUAUAACAAAGUUCGUGAUGGUAAAGAAGGCACCGUUUAUUGGAGAUGUGCAAGGGAUCGACAAUGUCCUGGUCGAGCUGUAACUGUUUAUAGUCGAAUAAAAAAAGCUAAUAAUAAACACAACCAUCCUCCUGAUGCAUGGCGCAAUAAAGUGGAUCAAGUUGUAUCAGAUUUAAAACUUCGCUCUCAAGAAGAAAUUACCCCACUUCCUACAUUAUUCACUGAGACUCUAAAAUAUUUAGCUGUAAAUCCUCAAAUGACUACACUUACUGAUAUUGUACCUUCAUUGUCAGCUAUCAAAGCUGUGGAACAUUCUCAGAAUAGAAGAAUGCCAGCUCUAGUUCCAUUCCGAGAAUUGACUCCUGAAGAUGACUGGAUGUUUAUUAAUAAUGCAUCAACAUCUGAACCUUUAGAUAUGGCAAUGAAAAAUACUGGUGUAUUAUUGAAAAGAAUGAGAGCUCUUUUCAAAAUUUCUAGUUAUGUUUCAGAACCACUGCAAGCAUAUAUCAUUCCAUGUACAGAUGCUCAUCAGAGUGAAUAUCUUGUUCCUUGUGACAGACGUCGAGCUUUUAUCUCAGGAUUUACUGGUACAACUGGCACUGCUGUGAUAACAGAAAACCAUGCAAGCCUCUGGACUGAGCGAAGAUACUUUCAGCAGGCAGACAAGCAACUUGACAAUAAUUGGACUCUUCUCAAAGAAGGUUUGCCGGGUACACCAUCCAUUCAUGAAUGGUUGUCAAGAGUGCUUCCUGUUGGAAGUAGAAUCGGGAUUGACCCAUUACUGAUAAGUUAUGAGGAUUGGAUUGAUCUGUCUUCCAAGCUAGAAUUAUCAGGACAUUCAUUACAUGCAGUCUCUCAAAAUCUGGUUGAUUUAAUCUGGGAUGAUCGACCAGAUCCCCCUUCAAGUAUAAUUGAGCCUAUGUCUCUUGUUUAUACAGGAAGGUCUUGGCAAGAAAAAGUAUUUGAUGUACGGCUUCUCAUGAAACACAAAGGAGCUACUGCUCUCAUUGUCACAGCACUAGACGAAGUUGCCUGGCUUUUCAAUUUGCGUGGAAGUGAUUUUGAAUUUAAUCCUCUUUUUCUUGCUUUUGGUGUUGUUACUUUAGAAACAGUUUAUCUUUUUAUAGAUGACUGCAAGAUUACUGCGCAGGUUAAACGUCAUUUUCAAGAAGGUUCUUUUGAUAAAAUUCGAAUAGAAAUAAGGCCCUAUCAGUUAAUUCAAGAAUUUCUAAGUUGGCUUGUCAAUCAGCAGCAUGACAAAAUUUGGAUUAGUAGAAAAUCUAGCUAUGCUUUUUUAAAGUUGAUUCCUGAAGGAUCUCGUAUUGAAAGUGCAAAUCCAAUAUUGCUGAUGAAAGCUGUGAAGCAUGAUGUUGAAAUUGAAUGCAUGCGACGAGCUCAUGUCAAAGAUGCAGUGGCAAUGUGUGAAUUUUUUGCCUGGUUAGAAGAUGAAAUUGCAACAGGAGAUGUAACUGAGCACACAGCUGCUUUAAAAAUUGAAGAUUUUAGACGACAACAAGAAGAUUAUGUGGGUCCAAGUUUUGAAGUAAUUUCAGCCUCAGGACCAAAUGCUGCUCUUGUUCAUUAUCAUCCAACUGAAGAGACUACAAAAAUCAUAUCAAUUGAUGAAUUUUAUAUGUGUGAUUCUGGUGGUCAGUACAUUGAUGGCACAACAGAUGUGGCCAGAACUUAUUUUUUUGGAACCCCAUCACAAUAUGAAAAGGAAUGCUUCACUAGGGUAUUAAAAGGACACAUUGCUAUAUCUUCUGCAGUUUUUCCUAAACAUAUCAAAGGUCAAAUGCUUGAUACAUUAGCUAGAAAAUCAUUAUGGGAAGUAGGACUAAAUUAUAUGCACAAAACUGGACAUGGUGUCGGAGCAUACCUCACAGUUCAUGAAGGACCAACUGAAAUUGAUUGGAAAACUAAUCCAGAUGAUCCUGGUUUGCAAGAAGGAAUGAUAUUAUCAAAUGAACCAGGUUAUUAUGAAAGUGGACGAUUCGGCAUUAAAAUUGAAAAUUUAAUUCUUGUGAAAAAAGCUGAUACUAAGUACAACUUUCAGGACUGUGGUUUUUUGACAUUUGAGCCACUUACCUUGAUUCCUUUUCAAACAAAGUUAUUGGAUACAUCUCUUUUAACAGUUGAAGAGAUGGAUUGGUUAGAUAACUAUCAUCAAAUCUGUCGAGACGUGGUUGGGAAAGCCCUGAGGGAACAGGGUAGACUUAGUGCCUUUCAAUGGUUGAUGAGGGAAACUCAACCCCUUGGUUAACAAAUAUGGUAUCAGUCUGGUUUUGUGCCAAAAUUCUCAAAGCUAAAUAUUUCUUUGUUUUAAAAAGAAAUGGAUGUUAGGCUUCAAGCCAAGUAUUAUUUUUUCAUUUGUUUUAGCUUUUACUUCAAAAUGAAGUAAAAUAUUGCAUUGCUGUAUUUGUGAUGUUCAUAUUAAGUUGUGAUACAUUUAAAUAAAGAAAUUAUAUAUAUAUAUACUAUAUUCCAUCACUGAUUAUAGGAUAUCAGUGUGAAAAAAAGUUAAAAGUUUGUUUAGGCCUAUAGUUACCUACAUAUGAGGCUUUAUCAAACAUUAAUAUCAUUGCAAGUACUACUUAUAAUUAUUAUGCUUUCAGGUUUCCAAAUUAUUAAAAGCGCAAUUAUUAUAAAUAUUGUUCAAAUAAUUACCAUCAGUUUAUUUUACACUUUUGUACCCUCUAGGUGAAAUUUUCGUACCCACUAGUAUUUUCCUUUAAGUGAAAAAAAAAUUGGUAUGUGUAUUUAAUGAAAAGUGUUAUGAUGUAAUAAUACAUUUAAUUGAGUCUAUAAAAUUAAGAGAGCAUAUUUCUUUUUUCAAGAAUGGAAUGCAGUGCGGCUCUGUACAAUUUUCUUAUCAAAUGUUUUAAUGAUUAAUAACAACUGCAAACGAAAGUAUCAUUAUUUAGAGUGUGUAUAUGUACCUUCUUUUCACCAGCUUAAUUAUCUUAUUUCUUUGUUGAGAUAGUUAUUUCACAAAACAUAAUAAAUAUUUGUUUAAAAGGAAAACUGAAGGAAUAAAAUCUAUCUUUAUCAAUUUUUGCAUUAGUAGCCAAUUCCUUGUAAGACAAAAGAUAAUAAAAUAAAAUAGGUAUAGUUGAGAGGAUCUAUAGUUUGAGUUCAGUUUCCUAUAUAAACUUUGCACUAUUUCCUGGUGAUUAUUUUUUUAGCAUUUGAGGAAUAUUUUGAUAUGCGAGUUUCCUUAUAAUUGAAUAUUAUCCAAAAAAAAAUAUCUGUUUUCAAUUAAAUAUUAUCGAUAAAAUAUUUGUUAUUGAUUCAAUUUCUGUAU